CCGAGAAUCAGAAGUUACGCGACCGCGACUGGAUGAGGACGCGCACACAUUUCCGAUCAGCACCCCAAGUAAAACAAGAGAGUCGUUUGUUGUUUGUUUGAAGAUUUUGAAGUGCUCAAUAAUUGAGGUAUUCAAGAAGGCAGCAGUCGCGAGUAACAUAAACACCUCUCGAAGAAACGAGUUUGUUAGUCAUCCAGUCGUGCAAUCGCUAUAAUUUGAAUAUCCAACAGCAAGCAAUAUUUGCGAUUUGUGGGUAUAACUGGUCAAACAAGCAUCGCCAUUCGUCAUAAUCGCGCGCGUUCAAACGAAGAAACAGAGCGACCGGUGCUAAUUCAUCAUCUUUUGAAGAGCCUCAAUUGUCGCUGUCGAUGAGAUGAGCCUGCUGCGAUCGGCUGUGCGUUCUCUAGUGUUCAAGUGAUCUAGUGGGCUGUGAGUUAUCAAACGAAAAAAAAAAGGAAAGCGAGAGUGUAAAUCGGGAUCAGUGUUGCAAAAAAGAGGCGGAUUGUUCCGUCAAUCAGCAGUGUGCAAUAAUGCUAUCGGGAACGAGUGCCUUUACCCUAGUUGUAGUAAUCGUGUCGGCUGUGAUAGUUGCGGUUUGUGGCAGCAGUAGCAGAGAGCCCGGAAGCGGAAACCAAGGCAAUUUCGAACGAUAUGUCCGGAUUUCCCCAACGAUUUCGAGCGACCCGAAGGGAGCGACACCGUUCGGGGAAAGUCAUCGGCGGGGGCCGUCGGUGGUGGAGCAGUUGAGCGUGAGCUACCUCUUGGAUGGGGAAAAUGUGACGCUAGAUCUGUGGCUGAACGAUGGGCUGCUACCGGCGGAGCAUUUUUUGGCCGUUCAGGAGCGCGGUGAAGAUCGUGUUCGGAAACUCCAGCAGCACGAGGUGGAGAUGUGUCACUAUCACGGCAUCAUCCGUAACCGAGCGGAAACGUCCCAGGUAGCGGUGUCCAUCUGCGACGGUCUCCGCGGAGUGGUGUACGAUCAUGACGAAACGUACCUGUUGGAGGUUGAAGGGGAAGAGCACUACGUUUAUCGGCAGGCAGGAUUCGUGCCACAUCCGAAUCGGGUCAAACGAGCAUUGGAAGCGUCGCACGUAACCACCGUGGACGCGAUUCGGGCAGCAUAUAAGUCCAACUCCGAGUCGAACUUCGUCGAACUGGUGCUGGUGAUCGACAACAUGCUCCACCGAAGCAUCAGAAACGAACAGCAAAUUCACCGGUACUGUCUGGACUUGGUCAACGUCAUGAACGCCAUCUAUCGGCCGCUCAAUAUCUACAUCGCCCUCGUUGGAGUGGUAAUCUGGUCCGACAAGGACCAGAUCGAGAUCAGUUUGGACUCCAAGAAGACGUUGGAAGCUUUCUUGAGCUAUCGAAGGAACACACUGCUAAAGAUGAUCCCGCAUGACAAUGCGCACCUGUUGACGGGAGUGCACUUUACGGACAGUGUCGUCGGUAAAGCCGAAAUGGGAUCAAUGUGUACCUACGCAGGGUCCGGAGGGGUGGAAGUGGUGGAUACGAAGUUCGUAGCGCUCCAGGCGAGUACGAUCGCUCACGAGAUGGGUCAUAACUUCAACAUCGAUCACGACGGACCGGAAUGUCGCUGUCCGAACGGUAACUGCGUGAUGGCGUCCAAGACGGUGCGCAGCCAGGCAGCUCCCAAUCAGUGGAGUUCGUGUAGCGUGAGAGAUCUGGAAACGGCCUUCAAUCAUGGAUUAGGGUCGUGCCUGAAGAACAAACCAUCCAAAAUGUUUGUGAAGAGUACCUGUGGGAACGGACUGCUGGAACCUGGAGAGGAGUGUGACUGCGGAUUGCCGCAUGUGUGCGAUACGAAGUGCUGUGAUGCCAUGACCUGCCGAUUGACAGUGAAUGCGACCUGCGCAACUGGGGAGUGCUGUGACCUGGAUAGUUGUCAGGUCAAGACAGCCGGGAUCAAGUGUCGACCGGAAGCAGGGGAGUGUGAUUUAGCAGAGCAUUGUGACGGACAGUCGGCUGUGUGUCCAAGAGAUGUGUAUUUGAGAGACACGGAGCCUUGCGCAGGCGGCAAGGCGUACUGUUACAAAGGUCAGUGCCGAACCAGAGAUAGCCAGUGUAAAGUUCUGUGGGGUUCUACAGGUAAAUCUAUCGAUGAAUACUGCUAUCAGACGAAUCGAAACGGGUCUAUUUUUGGAAACUGUGGAAACAAUUUGCUCACCGGAGAGUAUACGAAAUGUAGCCAGGAGGACAUGAUGUGUGGAUUGCUGCACUGUAGCCAUCGAAAUGAGAAACUAGACUAUGGAAUUCAGGCAUAUUCCAAGCUAACUACGACCAAGUUCAGCCAUUAUGGCCCAAGAGGGACUGUGAGGGAGACGAUAUGUAACACUGCCAUAGUUGACUUAGGAUUGGAAGUGGUCAACCCCGGGCUGGUCCCGGAUGGUGCUAAGUGCGGAGCAGGGAAGAUGUGUUGGAAUCAGAAGUGCGUAUCGUUAACUCAUUUGCAAGAGAACGAUGUUGGAGAGGAUUGCGCAGACGGAUGCAACGGACAUGGAGUAUGCAAUAGCGAAGGAAACUGCCAUUGCGAUGUAGGUUUUGGAGGACAGUUCUGUGAAAAAUCUGGUCAUGGUGGAUCGAUCGAUAGUGGACCCAUAGUGGAUCCGGAAGACUCGUUAGAUACUUUCUGGUCAUUGUUUGUACCCACACUUCUACUUUUGCUUGCAAUUAUUGGCGGAGUCUAUUUCUAUCGUGGAAUGAUUACCGAAGUUCUCAGAAAAGUAUUACUAAAGCUCAGAAUGCGAAAGUAUGGCCACAUGGUACCACCAGCGUCACCUACGUCUACUAUCCCUCCAAAGCCUCCACGAUUGGAAAUAUCCACGCCACAGCUUAGCACAACAACCGCCAAGGCAGUUGGAGUUCCCAGGAAACCUGAUGCUCUUCCUACUCGCGCAGCACCAGCCCCACCAGUAGCUAGUGUCGAACCAGCGCAGCACUUCAUUAAAGUUAACAUCAAUAACAGCGGCAAGAUCACCAUUGAAAAUAAAGUGGUCAGCUCUCCAUUCAUGCUGACCUCUACUCUCCUGGACGCUCACGAAGCUAUCCAUGAAAUCAAAGCUAAGGGUCCUCCGGCGAUCCUCGAGCAACGCUCGAUCAGCGUUGACUCCGAGUGCCCUCUCCUGAAUGCCAUCACUCAACAGUCAGCACCAGACACUCCACCUCCACAACCCUCCACCCCAGAACCUGAUCUCAGCACCCUUCUCAGUCAGGUCAAGCUUAAAAAAGUACAAGACUUCCACGCCCAUCGAUCGAAGAGUGACGAGAAACCGGCCCGGCGAUUGCCACAGCUGCCCCGACAGAAAACCAUCGGCGAGUUCCAGAGCGUCGUCGCCGAAGUGCACCCCAAGCGAAGUCCCGCCACGGAGGAACCUCCCGUGCCGAAUCCCUUUGCCGAGGUUCAGCUCAAGAAAAGCAAGCCCCGCACCCCGAACCAUCAGUCCCGAACGGAUCUGGACGAAAUCACCGAAGAGCAACCCGCGCCCGUCAAACAACGGCCGACCGUUGCGGUCAAACCAUUCCUCAAGCCUAGUCUACCUCAGAAACCACAACUAGACAAUCCCCUAUCGAAACCAGCUAGGAAGCUGCCCCAGAUUCCGCCGGCAAUCGCGAAGAAGCCUCCGAUGGUCGGAGGGUCUAGCAGUAGUAAUGGUAGUAGUAUUAGUAGUAGCAGUAGCACUAGUAGUAGUAACAGUGGCAGUGUUGCUGCCCUGAAAGCGAAACUGAACCUCGAACAGAUUGCUUCCGCCGGCGGAAUCAAGCGGUGAUUUUAGGUUAGGAUCGUUUUGGAAUCAAUUUUUUUGCGAAACUGUUUGUUGGUUUUUGUAAGUGUUGUUAACAAACGAAACGUAUUUGCGAGCAAUUUUCCUCGGACGUAAUUUUGAAUCUUGGAACACGGACGGACAGUUCCUCGAGCAAUUGUGAUUUUGACUUUGCGUAACAAUCGGAUACGAACGAACGUUCUAUUUUCUAUUGAGUAAGUACUUAAGCGAGUCGGCAGUAGUAGCGUAAGGAAUUGUACAUUGUGCUAAUGAAGUAUUUAAAGUAGACUGCUUACCUUUUUAGAAGUUAGGUGCUUAGCAAGAAUAGAACACAGGGCACAAGAAGUCACAUAUCAAGUUGAAGAAUAAACGACUAGUCAAUUAGGGUUACACGAUUUUACGAAACA